AUGACCCACGGUCGACAACACCGUAUUCUAUAUACAGCCACAAAAGUUCACCCUACUCAGAAUUCUGAACCUUGUGCUUUGGUUUCCAUGGAGAACAUCCGCUUCAUCUCCACAACUUAUGUUCAACCCAAAAACCAAAUUGAUCACCAGUUUACUAAACUAGAAUUAACUCCCUGUGAUGUUCAAUUACUGCUUGUGGACACAAUCCAAAAAGGCCUCCUCUUCCACAAACCCGACAAGCAGAGCUUGAAGCUCAUUGAGCACCUGAAAGUCUCCUUCUCACGCACAUUGGACAUCUUCUACCCACUUGCUGGCAGGCUCGCCGUCACGGCAAACGAGGACGACAACACCACUUCAUUCUCCUUGGACUGCAAUGGGGCCGGGGCCGAAUUUGUCCAUGCAGCCGCGGAUGGUGUCACCGUGGCCCAUAUCCUCGACCCUGUACUUGUUCCGGACAACAUCGUCUACUCUCUCUUUUUGAUGAAUGGGGUUCUAAACGACGAAGGUAAAUCCAAACCCUUGCUUGCAGUGCAAGUAACCGACCUUGUUGAUGGCAUUUUCAUUGGUAUGACUAUGAACCACUCUGUUGGUGAUGGUACAUGCUUCUGGAAUUUCUUCAACACUUGGUCCGAAAUCUCUCGAUCCGGAACUUCCACCAUGGCGAAGCCCAUUUUCGGCCGUGAAUUUCUUGACGGAAUCAUCCAUCUCCCGAUCCGAAUUCCCUUCUUCCAAUAUCCAAACCCGGAAGAUAAAGUUGUGCCACCAAUGGCAUCGCUACAACAGAGAGUUUUCCAUUUCCGGAAGGAAAAGAUUGCAGCUCUUAAAUCCAAAGCCAAUGUGCAGAUGGCAACGUGCAAGAUCUCUUCCCUCCAAGCACUCAUGGGGCAUCUUUGGGUAUCCAUAACCCGAGCUCGAGGUCUCAUUUCCAGUGCUACUGAAUAUGAAGUAAGUCAAGAAAUAACCAAGUACAUGGUAAUAGUAGGCAUGAGGCAGAGACUUCAUGUUCCAUUGUCCGAUCAAUACCUUGGAAAUGCGGUACUAUUUGGUACCGCAACAACCACUGUAGGUGAACUGCUUCAGGGUGGACUAGGCUUCGCCGCUAUGGAACUGAACAAGGUGAUAGCGUUACAGACGGAACAAGAAGUGAAGAAGUUCUUGGAGGCCUUUGUUGAGAAUCCUAGUCUACCAAAAAGAGGUGCGGUGAUGAAAAGUAAUUCGUUGUUGACGGGAAGCUCGCCGCGGUUUGAUGUGUACGGUAAUGACUUUGGUUGGGGGAGGCCGGUGGCGGUUCGAAGCGGCUCCGGUAACAAAGUUGAUGGCAAGUUGACUGUGUUUGCUGGGGCUGAAGAAGGUAGUAUUGAUUUUGAGGCUUGCCUUUCGCCUCAGACUCUGCAAGCUUUGGUGGAGGAUGAAGAGUUCAUGCAGAGUGUGGCUGUGUGA